AAACCGUCAGGGUUUCGUGAGCGUUUUUCCGGUAAACUUUCCGGAAGUAGACAGGAGUUUCGGUCCAGAAUUAUAUCCAACUCGUAAAAUUGAACUUUAUUUAGGGCUCUUCGUGAUAAAUAGCCCAUUUGACAAUGGUGAAGAUCUUUGUGGGCAAUCUGCCCCAAGAGGCGACAGAGGAGGAGAUCAAGGCUCUUUUUGAGGAGUACGGCACCGUCACAGAGUGUGACAUCGUCAAAAACUUUGCCUUCGUCCACAUGGAGGACCGCAAAGCGGCCACCAAGGCCAUCAAGAAUCUGCACCAGCACAGCCUCCACGGCACAGCCAUCAACGUGGAGGCCAGCCACGGGAAGAACUUCGGUCCGGUCAAGAUCCACGUGGCGAACGUGGAAAAGGGAUGCGACGAGGAGCUACGGGCUCUCUUUGAAGAGUACGGUACAGUCUCAGAGUGUGCAGUUGUGAAGAAUUUUGCUUUUGUGCACAUGCCCAACUAUGACGAGGCCAUGGAUGCAAUCAAGGAGCUGGAUAACUCCGACUUUCAGGAAAAACGCAUCCAUGUUCAGGUGUCCAAGAGCCGACCCAUGUAUGAGGAGUAUGAAGAAUACCCUCCUCCUCCUCCCCCUCCUCAUCUCCCAGACAGGGGUGAAUACUGGCCCCCUCGAUACCCAGGAGACAGACCUGAGCCUCCUCCACCCAGCUACAUGAGGGGUCGUUAUAUGCCACCAGGUUACCCCGCCCCUCCUCUACCGCCCCCUCCCCCAAGACGACCCGUUUAUCCUGACCGUCCCUAUGGCGCCGAUAGAUACAGUAUGAUUGAUUACUACGAAAAAUACAGAGCCCGUUCAUAUGGCAUGUAUCCAUACGAUGUUCGACGUCCUGGCGUCCCACCUCCUCCACCGCUUCCCCCUCCACCGCCAGCCAUUGCCCGCAACCGUGCAGUGAGCUCGCCGCUUGACCCAUAUGAGCGUCGGCCCCUGCCUCCGCCUCCACCUCCUCCGUCUUCAUACUACGCUCGAGACCGCAGCCCCAUCAGGAGGGGGCCCGGCGCUCCCAUGCCCCCUGCCAGUAAUGGCUAUUCCUACGACCGCUCGGCUUAUGGAGUUCCACGUGCACGGGACCCGUACACAGACCGCCUGCCUCCACCGCCGCCGCCGCCUGCACGCUAUGCUUAUUAGGCGAGACAUCGACCUCUGAAGGGUUUUUGUCCCGCUGCGUCGCCACAUGCGCCAUCAUGAUGUUUGUGAAUCUAUCUUCUUCCUGUCUGCGGCGGAGCGCGUUACGUUUCUAUGCGACACUCGCAAGAGGAAACGAUUUGUCGACGUUUGGUCUUUAUUUUGAUAAUACUUUUACAAUACUUUUUUUUUCUCCUGUUUUAGUGAACCUGUACUAAAGUAUUUUGAUUGACGUCUGAAUGAGGCGUAUUUUUUUAUUCGUUAAUUCAGUCAACUUAAUGUUUUGAACAAUCUCACGAUUGAUCGAGUUUCUGUAAGUUAAACCUUUGUGGCGUAGCUGUAAAACUUUUACUCUGGGGAAAAAUCAACCCAACAAUGUAUUAACGAAGUAGGAAUCUGUCAGCUCAACGUUUUCAUUGUUGAAGCGGAUCUGUGGCGUAAAUGUGGUGAAGUCUGCGCUAAAACAUCACUGUAAGCAUUUUCCUCAAACGAUGUCUGUUAAUAUGGCAAAGUUCUGAAUCUGAAGCCACGCUGAUUAAAGAAGCUCUCCUCUUUGG